UCACUUCUGCUGCUUCUUAGCGGUUACUUGGCGUACUGCUUUUUGUUUUGACCAAGCUCUCGGGCGCACAUACAGUUAUGUUGUCGUCGCCGUGUAAGCAGCUCCAGCAGUAAGAAAGACAGCGAAUUUUAUGUACACGCACGCAAUUCAACGCCCACAACAAAAUGGAAGCUUUACGGAAUCGCCAGAACAAAAUAGCAGCGCCGGAAACGGAAGAACACCCCAACAAAACCAACAAUAACAACAAUAAUGCAGGCCAAAAAGAGAAAAGUGAUCCAAUGAUAUACAUAAUAUUUCUCUCAUUACUCUUCGAUUUGCUGGCAUUUACAAUCAUCUUGCCGCUGUUGCCAUCGCUGCUGGAAUAUUAUCGUAUCAAUGAUAGUUCCGGAUUGUAUGCAUCGCUCACAACGCGAGUCAAAUGGUUUCAAAAUCUACUCGGCGCACCGGAUCGCUAUCUGUCGGUGCUCUUUGGCGGCUUCCUUGGCUCCAUGUUCAGUUUUCUGCAGUUUCUUGCCAGUCCAAUUGUAGGCAGCCUGUCGGAUUACUACGGACGCAAGCCAGUGUUGCUGAUCUGUGCUUCGGGCAUUGCGCUCUCUUAUCUCAUCUGGGCUUUGUCAUCGAAUUUUGCACUAUUUGUGCUGGCACGCAUUGUGGGAGGGAUUAGCAAGGGCAACAUCUCGCUCUGCAUGAGCGUCAUCACGGAUGUGUCCAGCGUGCGGACUCGCGGUCGUGGAAUGGCUCUCGUUGGCGUCGCCUUCUCGCUGGGUUUCAUCAUUGGUCCCAUGAUUGGUGCUAUGUUUGCCAUCUUCUCGAAUAAAAGUGCCAGUGGCGGCGCCUGGUUUGUGCUGCCCUCGCUGCUGGCUCUGGGCUUGGCGCUGGGUGAUGUGCUUCUCCUUGUCUGCUGUUUGCGUGAAACGUUACCAAAGGAGAAACGCGCUCGCGAAAUCGCAUCUGCCUUGUCAUAUGGCUUACAAUUACUCAACGUGUCCGCCAUAUUUAGAUUUGCUGCCAUUAAAAAUGUGCCACGAAAGGAGAUACAAGCGCUGCGCACAAUUGGACUCAUUUAUUUCCUCUACCUAUUCCUGUAUUCGGGCCUAGAAUUCACAGUUACAUUCCUAAUGUAUCAUAAAUUUGGGUACACUUCAAUGGACCAGGCCAAAAUGUUUCUGACCACGGGAGUUGUGAUGACUUUGCUGCAGGGUUCGGUGGUGCGUCGUCUGCCCGAAGCAAAGAUCAAAAGUUAUGCCAUCUUUAGUCUAUAUUUAAUUGUGCCAGCAUUUGUAUUAGUUGGCCUCGCAGAGAAUAGCCGAAUGCUCUAUGCAGGCAUGAUUCUGUUUGCCAUCUCCACGGCAUUUGCCGUCACCUGUUUGACCACAUUGGUGUCCAAGUAUGGUAACGAUGAUCAAAAGGGUUCAGUAUUAGGUAUAUUCCGAUCGUUGGGUGCUCUCGCACGUGCUCUUGGUCCCGUGGUGGGAUCUAUAGCAUUUUGGUGUGUGGGUUCGAAAAUCUCAUACAUUACGGGCGGACUAUUGCUUAUCUAUCCAGCAUUUGCUUUGCAGCGUGCGCGAAUUUAAAACGUAUUUCUAACAGUGCUUUAAGUACAAAAAGAACAAAGUGUUUUUAUUAUUUUCCACUGAACAAUCAGCAACAGCUAGUAUUAACUGCACUUUAUACUUAAUCUAUUGAUUUUCUACAUCAUAUUUAUAAAUAUUUUAUAUUUAAAUAAACACAAUUUUUGUGUCGUUUUCUA